AUGAAGCGAGAUAAUUUCAUUGGCUUUAUGCUACAUUCAAGCCCAUCAACCCAAACUCGUUCCACUUUGAAAGAGAUUCCUAUGCUUUUGCUUAUGGUGGUUGAAUGUGACUGGCAAUACGAGUAUAAGAAGCCUGCGCAGCUCCUUCACACUGUAACACUUUGUCAUUCCUCGAACACAGCACACAAAGACCAGAAACACUUUGCUGCAUCGACAAUGGCGAGCACAUACCUGCGUGAGAUGAGCAACGAAGAGUUCAAGAAGUGGUUGGCAACAUUUGAUGCCAACAAGGACGGGAGAUUUAGCAAGGAGGAGCUCCGGCAUGCCAUCCGGGCCACCGGUGCAUGGUUCCCUUGGUUGAAGACCCACAAUGCGGUGCAUGCAGUGGACACCAACGGUGAUGGUUUCAUCGAUGAGAAUGAGAUGAACAACCUUGUGGACUAUGCAAAGAAACAUCUUAACGUGAAAAUUGUGUAG